CGGCUGUGGCUCCGUCUCCCGGCUGCGCGCGGAGCGGGAGGGCUUUCCUCACACAAGCGCUUUCUCGCGGAGGGGUUGGAGCUGCGGCAGACGCAGGCCUGGGCAGCCCCUUCUCUGCCGCCUCCUUCUCUUCCUGAGGGCUACCCGGUCCUCUUGCCCUCCGACGCUACCCAGGUAUGGUCUGAAUAUGCGUUGCUUGGCAGCUCGGGUCAACUAUAAGACUUUGAUUGUCAUCUGCGCACUCUUCACUUUGGUCACAGUACUCUUGUGGAAUAAGUGUUCCAGCGACAAAGCGAUCCAGUUUCCACGGCACUCGAGUAGUGGCUUCAGAGUGGAUGCAUUAGAAAAAAGAGCAGCAGCAUCUGAGAGCAGCAACUAUGUGAACCACAUGGCCAAGCAUUCUGAGGAGGCAUUCCCUCAGGAACAGCAGAAAGCGCCCCCUGUUGUUGGGGGCUUCAAUAGCAAUGGGGGAAGCAAGGUGUUAGGGCUCAAAUAUGAAGAAAUUGACUGUCUCAUAAAUGAUGAACACACAAUUAAAGGGAGACGAGAGGGGAAUGAAGUCUUUCUUCCAUUCACCUGGGUAGAGAAAUAUUUUGACGUUUACGGAAAGGUGGUUCAGUACGAUGGCUAUGAUCGGUUUGAAUUCUCUCAUAGCUAUUCCAAAGUCUAUGCACAGAGAGCCCCUUAUCACCCUGAUGGUGUAUUUAUGUCCUUUGAAGGCUACAAUGUGGAAGUCCGAGACAGAGUCAAGUGCAUAAGUGGGGUUGAAGGUGUACCUCUAUCUACACAAUGGGGACCUCAAGGCUAUUUCUACCCAAUCCAGAUUGCACAGUAUGGGUUAAGUCAUUACAGCAAGAAUCUAACUGAGAAACCCCCUCACAUAGAGGUAUAUGAAACAGCAGAAGACAGGGACAAAAAUAGCAAGCCCAAUGACUGGACCGUGCCAAAGGGCUGCUUUAUGGCUAGUGUGGCUGAUAAGUCUAGAUUCACCAAUGUUAAACAGUUCACUGCUCCAGAAACCAGUGAUGGUGUAUCCUUGCAACUGGGGAACACAAAAGAUUUUAUUAUUUCAUUUGACCUCAAGUUCUUAACAAACGGAAGUGUGUCUGUGGUUUUGGAGACCACAGAAAAGAAUCAGCUCUUCACUGUACAUUAUGUCUCAAAUACCCAGCUAAUUGCUUUUAAAGAAAGAGACAUAUACUAUGGCAUUGGGCCCAGAACUUCAUGGAGCACGGUUACCAGGGACCUGGUCACUGACCUCCGGAAAGGAGUGGGUCUUUCCAACACAAAAGCUGUCAAGCCAACCAAAAUAAUGCCCAAGAAAGUAGUUAGGUUGAUUGCAAAAGGGAAAGGCUUCCUUGACAACAUUACCAUCUCUACCACAGCCCACAUGGCCGCAUUCUUUGCUGCCAGUGAUUGGUUGGUGAGGAACCAGGAUGAGAAAGGUGGCUGGCCAAUUAUGGUGACCCGUAAGUUAGGGGAAGGGUUCAAGUCUUUAGAGCCAGGGUGGUACUCUGCCAUGGCCCAAGGGCAAGCCAUUUCUACAUUAGUCAGGGCCUAUCUCUUAACAAAAGACCAUAUAUUCCUCAAUUCAGCUUUAAGGGCAACAGCCCCUUACAAAUUUCUAUCAGAGCAGCAUGGAGUUAAAGCUGUGUUUAUGAAUAAACAUGACUGGUAUGAAGAAUAUCCAACCACACCUAGCUCUUUUGUUUUAAAUGGCUUUAUGUAUUCUUUAAUUGGGCUGUAUGACUUAAAAGAAACUGCAGGGGAAAAACUCGGGAAAGAAGCGAGGUCCUUGUAUGAGCGUGGCAUGGAAUCCCUUAAAGCCAUGCUCCCCUUGUACGACACUGGCUCAGGAACCAUCUAUGACCUCCGGCACUUCAUGCUUGGCAUUGCCCCCAACCUGGCCCGCUGGGACUAUCACACCACCCACAUCAAUCAACUGCAGCUACUCAGCACCAUUGAUGAGUCCCCAGUCUUCAAAGAAUUUGUCAAGAGGUGGAAAAGCUACCUUAAAGGCAGCAGGGCAAAGCACAACUAGAGCUCAGAACCAAAAUCAUGUUUCAGCCUCUGCUGUACACAAAAACUAUGGGCUCUCUGUCAGCAGAGCAUAGGCACAUUUUAAAAGGUUGUAUACUAGGGUUUUGUGGAUUACAUCAAAGUGAUAAAUGAUCCUUAAAACCAGUCUUCUGAGAUAAUUGCAUUCCAUGAGUUGGGUGUUUAGAAAUGUAGGUGGCAUUUAGAGCAGAAAAGUGGUUAGUCAAUGGGUGAAUGAAAAUGUUUAACUUGGCCUUGCUUAUCACCCUAUACAGAUAGUUCCACAGAUAGUCCAGUCCUCUCGGUUUGGGAAAGACAAUGGUAAGUAGCUCUUACUGGCCAACUGUCCAGCACUUGCCUGCAAACUUAGUAUGGGGCUCUUUUAAAAUGUGGUUAUUUAUGUUUAUGUUGAAAGCAGACUUUAAAAAAAUAAUGUGCUGUAAUACAGUAAAUAUGUACUUGUAGCCUGAAUAGUGGACUGUGUGCAACUUUAAAAAUGAUGUUUCUUUUCUAUAUAUUAAUUUCUUGGGAGUGAAUGAGCAUUUGUUGCAUUUGUUCAAUUUGUUAUAUAUGGAGAAUAUUUUGAAUUUAUGGUUUUCUUGAAAUGUGUAAAUUAAAAACACAACCAGUGUUCAGGCUUCACAGUUAUAUAAUGUAAGCACAACUAAAAUGAAACUUGUUGACUGCACAAGAAAUUACAGAAAUGUUAUCUGUUUUAUGAAACUUGAUCUACAAUCAGUAAAGGUUUGAUAAUCAUUCUAUCCCUCCUCUACCCCCAUGUGGUGGUUUCUCUUUGUCACUAUCUAGAAUUUUGUAUUUCAUUUCAGACUAUGCUAAAGAGUUUUUCUAUGUUGGGGGAACAUUUGGGAAUUUUUAUUAUAAACCUAAAUUUGGGGAGGAGGUAGUAAUUUUGAUAAGUCCACUACCACUGUUUUUUUAAGAUUUUUUUUCCCCUUUAAAGAAAAUUACUAGGUCAGAUAUUAUAAGGUUUGUAGCAGGUUUUUUUUUUUUCUACUUAGAUCAUUCUUGGUCGACAACUUUCCAGACUAUUGCCUUUUGUGCAUCAGUGUUUUUCCUUUGCGAUUUUAACUUUAAAUUAUUUCAGCUAUUGGAUAAAAGUGAUGCUACUGCAUUAGCUGUACAUGUGUAAUCAGACCUUUAUUUUGGUUUUAUACCUCACAUAAAUAGGUAUCAUAGCCCUCAUACCCUGGGUAGUGUCUGCUAUAAGACUUCAGGCAGUAGGUCAGAACUGAGGGGGGGCUGAUUUUGCUGUCUUUGUUUUAAUGUAUGACAAUACACUAAAUCAAUACAAUAACUUAUACAGAAUGGAAAUAUGAGACCCCAUAUUUUCAGGGGACUGAGUCUGACACACACCGUGCAGUGUGUGUGUGACCUGUAUGAAAUGCAUAUCAAGAGCCAGGUGGGCGCCUGCCUGCACACUACAUCUUGAUUGAACUCGGCCUACCAACACCACUUAGAAACCAGACAAUACAUACAUACCUAUGUACAAAAUAUAUGUAUCAGUGGCAAAGGGGGCAGGAACAAAGAUCUACAACUGAAGACAAUAUUAAACUGGCCAUGGAAAAGUAAGUUUAAACUCCCAAUUUAUGUGACCACAAGUCAAUUUUGCCCACAACAAAACAGUUGUGGGUUAUUAGGUUUCCCCCUAGCUGUUGACCUUUGUAGUUCUUAUACAUUAGAUGUCUCAACAAGAAUAUCUGGACUCCUUCUCUUUUUAUUUCAGGGCUCAAAAAUAAACCUUCUCCAAUCUGGAAAUCGUUUUUACUCCAUCGUAUUUGUUAUUAUUUAGAGCAGUCCAGACUUCUGCCUUGUGUUUGCAUACUGGUACUUCAGAUUGAGGGAAUCAAUGAAAACAGUAUGGUACUGCUUCUGUGACAAAUAUCAGUGCCUUAACAAUGUGGCUGUCUUUUUCCACUGAAAAAAGAAAGACAUUUUGAUCUAGAAAUGGCAUUGCUGUUUCAUUGCUGUUGGUUUCACACUGCCUUCCACGUUGCAACAGCAACUCGAUGUUUCCUGUGAUCCCAGAAUUUUCGAAGAGGGUGAGUUGACCCUGUAGCAGCACUGUCAGUACAAACCAGUAAGUUCUCAAACUAAUGCCUCAGAAUCACCUGGGAGCUUACUGAAAUACAGAUUCCAGAUAUUCAGUAAAUCUGCCUGUGAAGCAUGAUAAUCUGCAUUUUUUUAAAAAGUGUUCAGGUAAUUCUGAUGCAAGUGAACUGGGGAAUAUUAUGUGGAGAAACACUGCCCAAGACCAUCCAUCACAUUUUUCUUCCUAAACACCUGUGGAGUUUUCUAGGAUUUUAAAUCAUGCAAAAUGUUUAUUUAGUCUGAGCUUGGCGAGAAUGGGGAAGGUAUUUUAAAGUUUUGUUUUAUUUCUUUAAAUUUUUCUUUGUUACAAGAAUAUGGGUAUUAGUUGUUUACACUUACCUUGAGUUAGUUUUGAUAUUAAAUUAAACCUAUUGCCACUUCAGUUAUAAAACCAGCCAAAAGUUUCCAGAUGAAGGUCAGGUUUGACCCUUUCAGAGUUAUUGUACAUAAAGGCUUCAUCCAAAAACCAUCCAGUGUAUGUGAGGAAAUACAAAAAUGACACACAAGCACAACUCUACAGAUGUGGCAGACCUUUUUCUUUGUUGGUGUGCAAACUUUCACUGAAAGCUGCUAUUUUCAUCCUCCUUUUAAUUGUUUUUCUUGUUUCUCCUCCAUUGUACAUGUGGGUUAUAGACCAUGUGUUAAAUAUGCAAUAAAGUGUUUACUGGAUGCCCUUCUGAAGGGUAGUCCUUUGUAAAGCUGUACAGACUUUGCAGUUUAAGCACAAUGUGCACAUGUUAGUUUUAUAUACAGCAAAACUUGAUUUUUUGCAGAUGAAAAGGUAUUUUGUUUCUAUACAAAGUAAAUGGAUUGUUUGUGCUUAAUGUAAAACAGCUUUAUAUAAUUGUAAAAUAAAGUUUUUAUCUUAAAAGGAACAUACCUGGAUGUUUCUCUUUCUUCUCUGAUUAUUCUAAGAUUACUUGAGCCCAGCAAGCAUAUUUCUGACCAUUUUCUGUUCAGCUGGUGACAACUAGUCAGGCAGCAAAUGUUCAUUAAAGGUGUGUCAGGCCCUUUAAGACAAAGUGGGGAAUAUCAUAUAGGCCUUCAUCCUAAGGAGGUUUAGUCUAUAGCGGGAGCACAAUGUCCACAAAACAGUUUCAGAAAAAUAGAAUGCCAAAUUGUGUGGUCCGUCAGGGUAGGUGUUACAGAGGAGAUAGCCUAAGCAGGGGCUUCAGGCCUGGGUACCAGGUAGAAGAAGAAGAAGGGGUAACGUGAGCAAAAGCAAGGUGCUGUGACAGUUGUGAGGAUGCCCUUUCCCAUGCUAAUUCAGGCUGGUAACCACUUUUGUCUGAUUCCGAUUUAUUUGAAAGUUUGUUCUUGCUGUAUUUCCCAUACGUAACCUCUUCUCCAGAACAAAAAGCGUUAUUUAAUCUCCCCACCCUCUUCCUCUCAGAAAGUAAUGAUUUAGGCUCCCUAAUAUGUAUGAAACCAGAGACUAGUCUGGCUUCCUGUUAUGUUUUCAUUGCACAUUAUUUUUUAGAUUAUAAACGUUCUGCACCAUUUCUAUAAUGGAAUUCCAGUUGAUUACCAAUCAACUUUUUCUACCUGACGGGUGCACGUACUUUGACAGGCUGCUAAUCAACAUUGUUGUCAUCUCUUCUUUCUCUCAUCCUCAGUUGGGAAACAGCCAUAAGAUUGCAAGCAGUCCUUGGUCUGAAUGAGGUCUUGCACUGCUCUUGCCUUGAUUUUGCUAUCUGUAGCCAAACUGUUAAUACAUCGGCCAUUCUGCUUUAGCACACUGAGCAUCACAUAUUUGCCUCCCCAUUGCCCUUGAGAGGAGACAGACCCUCCAUGCUGCACAGGACUUAUUCCAUAGUCUGAAGUAGGAUUUUGUGAAAUGACAGGACUGCAAAGCAAACCAUCGAGCAGUAGCCAAGAGAACAGCGAAAGAGGAAGAAAAAAGUCCUGGGAAGGAUCAGAAAUAGAGCAGCCCACGAACUGCUGUCUUGGGAGGAAGUACUAUGUGAACUUCACAGAUGAAAAAACAAACUUGGAGAAGUCAAACGACUCACCAGAAGUCAUUCAGUAAUUUGACAGCCAAGGUCUGGAAGCCAGGUAGCAAGAACAGAAACCCAGGGCUCCUUGAGAGAUGGAACGUUCACUGUCAAGAGAUAUGUGAAUAGAAACCAGGCCUUAGGAAAAGCAGAGCAGCUGCAGGAAGCCUGGACUGGGAGCUGUCACCCUGGCAACUUCCAUUAAGAAGAUGAAGUUCACUUGACUACCCUUUGGUCAACCAGGGAUAAGAGGACAGCUGUGGUAUAAAAUAUGAUGGCCUAGAACUACCAGUGAGUCAACAGCUGGGGCAAGCCAGUGUCCCUUACGAAGGAGGUAAGGCAUGAAACCAGGGGUCUUGGACCAGACAAACUGGAGAGUUGUCUCCGUGUCAGGAAGCACUUCCACAUGUACUAUGUCCUGGGAAUUCUAAAUGGUGCUGGGAGGCAGGCCAUGUCACCUCGGAUUCAUGGACGAGGAAGGAAAAUAAGUCCAGUAAGGUGGGUCUUCUUGUUCCAUACUCAGUGAUUCUCCAUUAUGCCUCACAGCCUCUCUGAGGAAGGGUCUUCGGGUGGUCUCCUAACAUUUCUGGGGCCUGGAACAAGAGUACAAAUGGAGGCCCACCAACCACAUGACUAAAUAUUUCAAAGUUCUUAAUCAGGCUCACAAGCCCUUUAAAGAUAGUUGUUUUCUCCUCCUACCUUAACAGAUAUACCUUAAUAAUGACAAAAUUGAAAAUAGUGUUUUUCAUGUGACUGAAAACAGGCUUUUAUAUGGCUGAAAGUUAGUAAAAUAUCAAAGAUGGCUGAAUUUAAUCAUUACUAUGUAUGUCUGAGUGUUCUGUUGAUGGGCUCAUGAUGUUUGAAAGACUAAUAAAAUAA